AUGACCGCCGGUAUACAUUGUCUAUUGUCGCGUCUGCCCCAUAUAGAGAGCCUCUUGCAACACUCGUCUCGGCUGCACGACGACUACCACGUCUCCGGAGUCGAGGACGAAGAGUCUGCGCGUCUGCUGUCGCAAAGGGCGCGCGCAGAGGCUGCUGCUGCAGCAGCUGCUGCCGCUUCAGCCGCCGCCCGUCUGCCGCGAACUGAUCACGAUCGGCAACCGUCUGGACGGCGUCGACGGGACGCCGAUCGCGAUUCUGAUGCCGACGCUCGAAAGUUCACCGAACGCAGAAAAAAGACGGUAAGGUUCGAUGGACAUCACGAUUACGGCGAUUGGCAGACGGGCGGCGGUUGCGGCGGUCCGCCCAUGCGGUGGGACAGCGAUCGCCAAGGAUCGCAGGACUCUGCGACGAAGGAUUCAGGCAUCGACACCAGUAGCACCUUUACUUCCAGCGAGGACUCGAACAGAGGAGAUGGACCAAAGAACUCCUUGUCGUGGCAAGUGUCUGCAGAUGGUACCCGGAUGGUAGGCCACAUGGUGCUUAGGAAGAACAUAAUGUUAGACCAAGGAAGUGGUGGAUUAAAUCCUUCGUUAAAUGCAGCUAUUUUGGGUCUCAAAGUUGUUGGAGGUAGAUUGUUAGAAAACGGUUCACGAGGAGCUAUUAUCGAGAAAGUCAAAAAGGGAUCCAUUGCAGAUAUCGAUGGACAACUUAGACCAGGUGACGAGGUCAUAGAAUGGAACGGACGAUUGCUGCGUAACAAAUCUGCCGAAGAAGUUUACGAUAUUAUAGCAGAAUCGAAGCAAGAACCACAAGUCGAACUAAUUGUGUCCAGGCCGAUUAAUAGGCGAGCUGCUCAGGCAUCCUGGAGGCAUGCACAUUCUUCACCAGUUCCUCCUCAUGAAGAUUUAUAUUCGAGUAUUGAUUCGACUGGUCGAAGCGAUAAACCAAGUGUUCUUGUCACUUCGCCAGGAUCUCCUGAUUUGCAUGCCCACGGCUCCAGGUCGACUAGAGGACAUCAGGCUGGUGGCAGACCAGAUGCUUCUCAACCUAACGUAGGGGGUAGACUACAGGUAAAACUGGGUUUUGAUCCUGCUGCUCUUCAAUUAAUUAUAACCAUCGUAUGUUGCGCUGGUCUAACUCCAAGACAAGGCGGUCAACCAAGAAAUCCUUAUGCAAAAAUCUUUCUUUUACCUGAUAGAAGUGAAAAAUCGAAAAGAAGAACGAAAACGUUAGCAAACACAAAUGAUCCUCGUUGGUCACAAACUUUCGUAUAUAGUGGGAUAAGAAGAGCGGACCUUAAACAUAGAAUAUUUGAGGUAACAGUGUGGGAUUACGUUCGCUACGGUGCAAACGAUUUCUUGGGUGAAGUUCUUUUAGAUUUAAGUGUUUGUCCAUUAGACGAUGAACCUGAGUGGUAUUAUCUUGCUGCCCAUGAAGAUGUUAUGCUAUCACAUUCAUAUCGACGCGAAUAUGAUCCGAUUGCAGUACCAACUACUGGAGGUCUUCACGAUCUGGACAUGAUCCUGACACCGACUGAUCACCUUUCCCCUCCUUCAACAACUACAUCUCGUUUGUCUGAUUCGGACACAACAUCAGAGUGUGAUUUAUUGCUGCUCGAUUUAGCAGCAUCAGAAACUGCUGGCGGAAGCGGUUCGGCGGUUUCGGGAACCGCCACCAGCACUGGUACAGGCGGCAGUCGAAGAUUUGUUGCAGACGGCGCUAGUGUUUCCAGUGUUGGAUCUAGUUCGAGUCCUCCACCAGAGCAUUCUUAUCACCCGAUGGAUGUGAGUGAACGUAGAUCGCGGAGAGAUAUGUCUCCGCAGGGCAGAAAACGAGCAGCUGGUAUGAUGAAUCGAGAGAAAUGCGACACUUUGCCAUACGGACACGGUUACAGAAAGAAUGGUCCAAUCGCAUCAGGCCAACGUUCUCAUUCUGCAGCGCCUACGGAUUCUCCUUCGUCUAGGCACCAUUCAAGGUCCAGGAGCAAAUCACCGACAGGUCAUCGUAGUCUGUCGCCACCUGAGGUUAGGUUGUCAUCAGAUGAUCGCGGAUAUAUGAGCAGUGGAGGUAUGGGCGGUCAUACGGGUAUUUCUCAUAGAUUUCAAAGUAGGAGUGCAACUGCCACGCCGACUGGGUCACCGAAGAAACGGCAGUUGCCGCAAAUACCUCAGACUCUUCAUAGGGCAAUAAGAGAUCGUAUGAUGACUCAAGAUCUAGACGAUAGAGCAAGAUCUAUGAAGCAUCGACUGCGGCAAAUGCAGACAUACAGAAGCACGGGCUGGGAUAGACAUUAUGCAGGUCUUUCUGAUAGUGACUUGGCGACGCAUUCGUAUGAAGAUAGACGAUCAAGACCACGUCAUCUACUAUCGCCUGAUAAAGAUUAUCCUGGUGGUUUGGAUUCCGAUUUGGAAUCAGUAGUUAGUGUGACAAGUAGUGCUCUUUCCACACAGAGCGAGCGACCGCGAGGUUCCAGAGGACUUAGUGCGGACUAUGAACAUUCUGGUCUCGUCCGAGUUGAAGUUGGUAGUAGAAGUCCACGGGAUCGUGAAGGACUUGGGCUUGAUAGAGAUGCUCCACCAUCUAGAAGAGGAAGUAAACGAGGGCAAUUCACUAGAAGUUUAUCCAACACCGAUGUGCCACCCGAUGAUAAGACUGAUGGCAGCCUGAGCGACACAGCUGCUCACCUAACGCCUACACCUCAGAGUCUUGAAGAACCAUCAAGAGCUUCAAAGACUGACGAUUCGCGUUCACCUACGAAGAGUGGAGAUAGUUCUGGUGGUAGUACGAGGGCUGAACGUACACGAUCUGAUUUUCCUGGAGCGACUGGCAUGGGCAAAAAGAGCAACUCGACAUCACAGCUGUCUGCGACAGGCCGUAAAAGACGCAUGGGUUUCGGCAAGCGCGGCAAGAACUCUUUCACGGUGCACCGAAGCGAGGAGGUCAUUCCUGGUGAUGCCCUGAUGCGUCUUCAUCCUAACACUGUUUCCUCGAGGGCGUCUUCGCAGUCCAGCGAUGGAGAGGGUUCCAACGAUGGCGACAGGUUGGAUACUUCACGUAGAACUGCAGAUUGUUUAUUUUAUGACCAUAAACGAUACAUGUUUCAACAUUCGCACACAAUGUGUUACACCCUAACAGUCUUCGUUUAA